AGAGCCUCCAUAUUCUAAUUAAGAGCGGGGGACAGCGCAGGGCUCCAGGGCCGGAUCAGAGGCUGGCCCGCUUAGGGCACAGUCAGGGAUGCACAUAGCACUAGCUCGCUUGAGGCUGGACAAGACCCCAGGUCAAACUGCUCCGCUGCUCUGUUUGGGUGAAGAGGAUGAGGUCUCGAUUCAAGAGGCAGUGGAAAUGAUCGCAGAGGCACUGGAGUUCAAGGGCCAAAUACAUCAUUACACCAGCUUGUCAGAUGGCCAAUUGAAGAAGACAGCCAACAAUGCCAAGCUGAGACGCUACCUCCCAGACUUCCCCUUCACACCACUAAGAGAAGGCACCAAAUUGACCUGUGACUGGUUUGUCAAGAACUACCAAAAUUCCCCUAGAGCACACAGAGAGAUGUUGUAAUACCAUCAUGGCAAACUAACAAACUGUGUCAUGCAGCUGGUCAUCAAAUUCAUUUUUCCUAUUUGUUGUUUUCUCCUAUUUGUCGUUUUCUUCUGAACUUAUUGCUUUAGCCAAAAGCACUGCAAUAAGUGCCCCACAACACAUGCUUUUCAUAUCCAGCCCAAUCCCAUUUCACUUUUUAAAUAAAUGUUACUUUCUA